AUAGUAAAGGUUUUUUUAUGCCUUUUUAUUUUACUGUUGCAUAAAAUUUACAACAAUGUAUUUGCAAGUCGUAUACAUCCUAGUCGCAUUUAUUCAGUUAAAAUAUUGUGAAACAGUUACACCUGAUAAGACUGUAAUAUAUAAAGCAACCGAGGGCUUCCAGAUAGCUUCUCAGGUAUUUGAUCUGUACUUGAGAAUGUUUGAACAUUGUUACUCCACCUCUAUGCCAAAUCAAAGAUUCCUAGUCGACAAUCUACACAGUUACAUAAACGCCUAUUCAAAAACUACAGUGGGGUACGCACCCGUAUUCACAGAUAAUCGUAAGUUCUUUGCAAACAUGAUCAACACAGCUGAUUUCAAGAGAACCCUUCAAAGAGAUAUCGCAGUACUUCAACAUAAUAUAGUGCAGAAAAUGAAGUUUUGCGAUGACUCCAUCAUGACUGAGAGUGCCUUAAAAUCAUUAUACGACCGUGAAGUUGAUCAAACCAAGCAGUAGAAAUAUGUUUUAUAAAAAUAUAUGUAUAUAAAAAAUAUACCUAGUCAAAUUUUUAAGUACCGAGUUGAAAAUUGUUUCAUGAAUUUGUUUGAAAUUCUUGUCAGACACAAUAAUAUACUAUAUAUUAAAA